CGGGGAAAGACGGUGCCCUCAGACAUAGAUAGUUAGAUACAAUGUCGUUAACGUGUACAGACACCCACGAGUGAGGACAUUUCCCCCAACGACAACCAAAGGAUGGUAACGUGGCGCGCUUCGCCAAUAGCUUGUUACAAUGUCGGACACACGAAAAUUCGAGCUCAGUGCGAUGGACAACGUCAUGCCCCGUUUCUUCAUCAGUUUGAUCUUCACAUUCAGGCUGAAAGAUGAGGCGACAUACGAGCAGGUCCUCGAUGCGCUGCGGAAGAGCUUAGUAAAUGCGAGCGAAGAACUUCCUCUCUUGAGGCGGCGAGCUUUCGAAAUACCAGUCUCAGAUAGCAACAAGACGAUUGGGCGUUUAGAGGCGCGCGAGCACGUCGACUGGACUCCCGAAGUGGGCAGCAACGACUUGUCGGCCGUAUACCCCGACUAUGACGAGCUGAUGGACGAAGGACUCCCACAAGACAUGAUGGACGGCGAGUUAAUACUACCACCGGGCCGGAAAUCCAUCGACCUCGAGGCCGGCACGCCGCUGUUCCUCGUGCAGGCCAACUACGUCGAAGGCGGGUUGAUACUAGGCGUCUCCAUGUUGCACUCGCUCGUCGACGGCACGAGCGCCGUUCUAGCAAUCCGCACCUGGGCCAAACACAUGAGAAUCCAACAAGGGGAGGUUCCCCCCAAAUUUUCCAUCGCCGCCGAAUGCUGCGACUACAAGAAGAUAAACGACGUGUGGGAAGCAGCAGGCGCACCCGUAGCAAAAGGCACCCCCGAGGACUGGCGGCUUCUAGGCCUGCUCCCUCCCGGGGUUAGCGAGCCUCCGAUAAAACCCGCGCCGCCCAUGAUAACGAGCAUCUUCUACUUCUCAGCGAACGCGUUCGCACGCCUAGCAGCCGUAGCCACAGCCACUAACGACGAAAAGGGCGACGACACGCAAGAGCCCGCCACCGUGAACGACGCGCUCAUGGCCCUCCUCUGGCGCUGCGUCAUGCGCGCCCGCCAGACCGCAGCCCCGGACUCGCCAUCCUACAGCUCCCCCGACGCCGUCGCCGAGCUGGAUACCACUCUAGACGGGCGCGGCCUGCUCCGCGACAAGGUGCCGAGCCAGUACAUGGGCACGAUGGUGUACAUCGUGACGACGCGGCUCCCGUUCGCGGAGCUCGUAGCGCCGUCGACGCCGCUGCGCUCCGUCCUGCGCGCGUUCCGGCGCGCCGUGAACAGCGUCACGGGCGAGCGCGCGCUCGAGGUGUACGGGCUAGCGGCCACGCGGCUGCCCAGCUACGCGGCGGGGGCGCUGAAGUGGCCCUUCGCGACGUUCGACGGCGCCGAGUCGUGUUUCAGCAGUUGGCUGACGCUGCCGAUGCUGGAUAUCGCCUUCGGUGGUCGGCUCUUUGUCAACGGCGGCGUGCCCGAUCAUGUCCGGCCAGAGCGCCGGCUCCUAGAUCUCGUUUGCCGGAACUGCAACGUCUUUCCGCUGAGAGCCGAAGGCGGGGCUGAGGUGCUCAUUUCGUUGACUGCCGAUGAGAUGCCCCUGCUCGAGAGCGAUCCCGAGUUUCUCGAGUAUGCCCAGUUGUUGUGUCACUAGAAAGGCGACUAUGGUGCAUCAGGCUUUGGUAGGCACGAUGACUCACUACCUAGCUAUCCUAUCAUCUAGGUAGGUACCUAGGUAGAUAGGUAGAUAGUCGUCUCAAAGACUUAGACUAUAUAUAUAUUAAAAUAGAAGUAAAAAUACGGCCAGGGGUAACGGAAGCUUAAUCCAGAUCUGUUAUCAAAAGAUACUAGUAGAGCGUUCUCCACUCUUAUAUUCAAAUAACCACAUACAGACCACAUGUUAAUAUCCAGAUUAAGUACAUUUCAUAUUUCACUGGAAAUGUCAGAGUGGAUAAUAAAGUUGAAGGCAAUCUCAAGUCGCUCCUUCAUGGAUCAAUGAGCCUCGUACUAACGAAGUCUUGCACACUGUAUUAGCCCUAGGUUUGGAAGGCUCGGACCUACAGUGAUAGCGAUUUAUCCGCUAAGCUCUAGUGGACAGCCACUAUAGUUCAGAGAGCUUGGCCACUAAACCAAAGCGCCACACGGUACGAGCUUAAUACAGAUAUACGGUCCUAGCCAACGAGUAGAAAUGCAAAAAUUUUGACCUGAA